AUGGACGAGCUUCACAAGCAGAAGCAGACGCAGAACUCUGCUGCUCUCCCACUGAUCACAGACGCGAAUGCGAACGCGGACACGAGCGUGGGUGUGGCCGCAAAGGUGACGGUGGAGGAGGCAGCCGCCGAGAUGGCGUUCGUCAACUUCAACCACCUCAUCAGCGCCUCCGACCAGUAUGGCCUCGUGGCGCGUUUCCUGCCCGCGUCCGCCCAGCUGUUUCCCAGCACCACCUUUGUGGCCGCCCCCAGCAUUGCUGCCCUUGUGCCCGGCAGUCACCCCGUCUCUGCGGCCUGGAACAAUGAUGAUGGCGUGUGGAUCGAUCAGCUCUGCGCCAUUCUCAACACCUACAAGGUCGACUUCACCAUGAUCGGCCUCUUCCGAAUUGCUGGCCUGUGCCGUAUCAUCUCUGCCGACGACACUGGUGGCAGCGAUGACCGACCACCAGCCAUCGUCAUCGCCAUCUCCCCACGUUCCUUGUCUGUCAUGUCUGCCCGCCAAGUUGUCGGUCAGAUCUGCCUCCUGCUGCAGAGCUUUGGAUUCCACCAAUCGGUCCUUGUCGAGCUUGUCGAGGGCAUCUACACGCCCUACCACACUCUCACAGACGAAGCCAAGGCCAGCAAGAGAUACCUCGACGACCAAGCCGUGAGUUUCGAGGAUACCUACCGCGUCCAUCCGUACCCUGGUACAAGCAUCGGGCCUUCAUCACCCAGCAGCAGCUCUGGAACACUUGGGUGCUAUCUGAAGCUGGUACGCCGCCUUCCUGACCACAAUAACAAGGAGCAAGUCAAGUACCUUGCCGUCACGACCCAUCAUGUCCUCUUUCCUGAACACACCCGAUCCGUGGCCGGCUACACCUCGAACCUUCCAACAGUCGAGCAGCCGUCUCCUGCGGAUUCAGAGCGGUGGGUGGCAAGCUUGCGGGAGCAGGUUCGGUUGCUAGAGUUGUACACAACGACCAGCAUCAAAGGCGACGACUUUGGUAACAUGGCUCUCCGCGACUUUGGCGCUGACUCUGAUUUCCAUCAGUCUCUCGGUGAAGCGCGCCGUCGACUGGGCGUUGCGGAGAGCAUGUCGCGAUAUCUUGGGCUCAUCCUGUGCUCCUCUGGAAUCAACACGUAUACGUCUAGUCAAAAAGAGUCGGUCAAAUCUCAUCUCGACUGGGGCUUGGUGGAGAUUGACGAGUCUCGUCUUCCUCCUGAUCCUGACGCAACCGUCAAUGCCCCAGCCCCAUUCGUCUACAAAGAGGCCGGCCCCAAAGUAGCCAAGUACGGCUACAACCAGAACAACGAAGGCCUCGUAUACAAGAUUGGCCGGACUACAGGAGUGACCAUUGGCAGAUUUGCCGGCAGCCAUAUCCUGUUGCGUACGACCAGUCGCUCAGACCAGCCCGUCAGCUCCGCGCCGGAGCACCACGUCCUUGUCGAGCAGGCGAUCGUGCCGGACCAGCCGGGCGCCGACUUUGCCUCGUUCGGCGACUCGGGCGCCGUGAUCCGCGACUUUCGCCAGCGCCCUGUCGGCCUCCUCUACGGUGGCCUGGAAGCGGAUGAUGCGUCCAAGCCCACCAACGCCAACGCCACCGCCGUCGCCGCCACGACCAUGACUGACCUCAAUGUGGUGUUCCACCCGCCGGGCGUCCUGCUGCGCCACAUCUACCUCUACACGCCCUUCGACGCGGUGCUGGCGAGCAUGCGUGGCGCGAUGGCCGAGCUGUUCGGGGAUGGCGUGUGCGAGCUUUCGUGGAUCUCUUGA